AUAAAUAUAUAAACAAUGGCGGACAUGAUGCCGGUGAAAAUGUAUAUUUUCAAUCGAUUUUAAUUUAAAAGUGAGACAAAUGCAUUUCAUUUAUAAUGUCAAAGCAGGGAAAAAGAAAAAUAACUGUUGAGCUUCCUAAAACGAAAGAUCUAUCUAAUAGACCUAGUGUUUUUGAACGUCUCGGAACCAAGAAAAAUUCUAGUGCAAAAAAAACAACUGAACAUUGCAGGCAGUGGGCUCAGCACGGGAGUUGCGUUUACGGUAAAAGUUGUAAAUUUGCGUCCACGCACACAUUAAUAAGUCCGUCGAAGCAGCGUGCUGCUAAUAAUAAUAAGGACACUGAGCAAAAACGUUUGCUUAAGGAUGACGGCAAAAGUAGACUGCAUUCGACCGUGGUUGUAAAGUCAGGACGUAGCCCCGAUGGCGAAAUUGACAACUGGGACCAAAAUGACUUAGAGUAUGCGGAUACAGACGUUCUCGAGAAGCGUAGGCAACAAUUGCAGCGAGAAUUAGAGUUGCAGUUAAAAAUGGACUCUGGAAAGGACAUGCGAAAAGAUAAGAAGAAACCCGUGUCAAGUACGUCAUCAUCUAGGAGUUCCAGUUCUUCCAGCGUUUCUUCAUCAUCAUCUGAUGGCAGCUCAUCUUCCUCAUCUUCAGGAAGGGAUGCAAGGAGAAAAAUUAAAAAAAGCAAGUUAAAGAGAAACUCCAGUUCAUCUUCAGAUGGAGAGCCAUCCAAAAAGAAGUUUGUUAAAAGUGAUCAGCUGAAAAGGGACAAGAGUGUUACUAAGAAAACUCCAGUGAAAAAGGAAGACAGACUUUUGAAGAAACAUGACAUUGUUAAGAAGAAACCUGCUACUAAAGCACCUAUUGGUAAGAAGUCUCUGUCACCAGGCAAGAAAUCAGGAGGAACUCCUCCAAUAACCUCAAAGAGUCUCUCUAAAAUUGGGACUAAACAUGGAAAGUCUCCACUAAGGAGAAAAAGUGCAUCUCCGCAUUCUACUAGAGAUAGGGAUAAGGAUCGCAAUAAGGAGAAAGAAAGAGAUAAGGACCGUGAUAAAGAAAGGGAACGUACCAGAGGUCGAAGUAGGUCACCAAGAAAAGCACGGUCCAGAUCACCACGUAAAGAUCAGAAAAAGAAAGAGAGUUCUGAAAGAAGCCGCCCAGUUUCACCUAAAAAACCAGUCAGGAGAGAUGGCAGUACUGAGAGACAUAGAAAACGUUCAGCAAGCAGGGACCGUGACAGAGGGAGAGACCAUAAAGACAGAUCUAUAGAGAGAAGAAAGGAUAAGCAUGAUGAUAAAGAAAGGCACGAUAGAAAAGAUAGAAGGGACAGGAAUAAGGACAACAAGAGAGAUGAUAGUAAGCGAAGGGGACGUGAUCGAGGUUUAGGUAACAGGGGUGGAUCUGACAAAGGUUUAGAAAAGCCAAAUAAACCUAUGGAAAGAUUGCUGCCUAGACCUGAAGAGCGUUUGGCGGCCCUUGCUGCUAUCUCCAACAGAAAUCUCGAAACUGACAAAAAUUCAACAACUUCUAAAGAUAGGCAAGAUACACAGUCUGAGAGGGGUGGGCGCAAACAGGAAAGGGCGGAAAAAGAGCGUUCUACUAAGAGAGAUAGAAUGGAUAGUUUGGACAGGGAUCAAGGUGAUUAUGAAAUGGGUAUAGAUCGUCAGUAUGACAAUGACCAUAACAUAGAUCAUUAUGAAAGAGGUGAUGACAGAUAUGAUAAUAUUCCUAGAGAAGAUGAUAGGUCACCAGGUUAUGGUAGAGAAAGGCACUAUGAUGCUGGCUAUGACAUGGCAGGCCCACCUAGAGGUUAUCCCGAGGAUGAAGACAGGAUGUAUGGAGAACACAUUGGUGAUCAUAGAGGUGUUGACAUGGGUUAUGAUGAACGCCAUCCUAGACGGGAUCGUUCUUGGGAUCGAUCUGCUUCUAUCGAUCGGGAGCGUGGGUACAUGCAUCCACACAAAGACUGGGAUAAUGAAGACUACCGCGCUGCUGGGGACUGGGGUAGAGACAGACAUUGGCCCAUGCAUGAACAGAUGAACGAGUGGGGUGACAAAGACCCUGAAAUGGAAGGUUGGCAUCAUCGCGGCCACCCAGGGCCUGGGUCUCAUCGGGGCCGUGGACAUGAUGACUAUAACAGAAUGAGAAUGGACAUGGGCAGGGGUGACGGUAAAAGGCGAAUGGCUAGAAAUGAACCGCCUGAAGCCGCGGUGAAACACACGCCGCCGCCAGCGCAGACAGCCGCUGCCCCCGCCAGAACUGAUACCGAUGUGGAAGACAAACCCAUACCUGAUGAUCUCAGCGAAAUCAGUGAUGAUCCUGAUGAUAUACUUGAAAGAGAUGACAUGGGCGAUCACAAUAAUGACGAAGAUAGCCAAACAGCGCCGCCAGCGGAUGAAAGUACUUCCAAAGUAGAAGGUUCUGAAAAAGAAUCUACUCAGGAUACAAGUGGCGCUGGCGAGGAUAAGGAACUGCAGGAAGUCAAAGAUGAGGAAGAUGUUACAAACCUAGAUUUUGAAGAAAUUUCUGAUGGAGAACUGGAAGAAGAGCGAACUCGAGCUGGUCUAGGCGACGCUUUAGGUGUCGAUUGGGCAAGUCUGGUAGCUGAUGUGCAUAGGCGGGAACACACGGUGCCGACAGGCGGCGCAAGAGAUCGGUGGAAGCCGGAAAGAGUUCUAUCAAGGCUCGGCUUGUCACUUGAUAUGGCUGGCAAAGAUGUUGUAGAGAAAAUAUUACAUAAGAAUGCCGACACUCUUGCUGAAGCAAAAUCUGGAGAAACAAAUUCAAAAGAAAAUGCUGAAGGAAAACCGAUUGAAAAUGGAGAACAGAAGGAAGAAAAGAAAGCAGAACCACCACCUGAUGUCAAUUCAUUGCAUCCAGUGGCUGCUAUACAGGUCGCCAUUCAAAAGAGGAAGAGGCAACGUGCACUGCUAUUCGGCUCUGGCUGUGAAAUUACGCGCGGUUUGAGCGCUAGACGCGAUUUAGCGCUCCGACGGUAUCUCUGUAACCUGCCGCCGGCGGAACGCACGGGGCAAUCCCGUGUGGCGCCACAACCUUCUUUGUUCCACGCUGCACGAGCACUACUAAUGCAAGCCCCAGCCAAUGGCUGACGAAGAUAUUAAAUCCAGGGUACACUGGAUCGAUAAUGUGCAAUAAAUAACAAUGUGGACAUGGUCAUUCUUGAAAUGUGACCUACUCACUGAUUUAUGAAUGUUGACAAUGCACAUGCCUUAUCUCUUCUUUAUUAACUCUUACAUUUGAAGAUAAGACUUCCUUGUCAACAUGUAAUUAGACCAGACCCUAUUCCCUGUUUAUAAACAUUGAUAUGAAUAUAUAGCAGUGAUGUGGUUUCAAAAUUGACUAAUGUGCUCCCUGAUUUAGUGCCACCUUGGACCGAAAUAACUUUAAUAGAAUUAGCAAUGUUAAAUAUUUUUUUAAUAAUAUAUGUGUUUGUUCAAGUUAUUCAUGUGAUUAACAAUAAUGUAUACCUACUUGCAGUGUGUAGAUACAUUUUCCCAUAAUCAAAUUGUUUUCUAAAUAAAAUAUAGAUGAAAAUAAUUUACAUGUAUUUGGAAUAUUUGAUUCUGCACAAUUAUCUGCACAUUAUAUGUCUAAAAAUAUAAUAUAGCAUCUCUUACACAAUAAAAUAUAAAAAUUUACUCAAUAAAAUAGAAUUUUUUUCAAUCAUUUGUCUUAAUAUUAGUUCAAUAAGUAAGAUAAAUCAGCUCCUACAGGGUAAUCAGUCUUCUUUUGGCCCCUGCAACAAUGAUUUGUGAAUUAUUAUUAUAUCAGUAACAGAAUAACAAAUAUGUUAACAAGAAAAAUAAUGUUAGGUGUGAUCAAAUGUUUUUGUACAUUUUAACCUCUCAGCUGCUGUGGCGCACAUGUGCGCCAACGGUCCGAACAAAUUAAAACUCGAUUUUAAGCUUAAAAUACAUAUAGUUAUGGUUUAAAAUUGUUUAAUUUACAUCUCAAACAUACUCAGCAACCACAGACAACAGAAAUUAAUCUGUUUAUUUAAAAUAAAAAUUGUUGAAAAUCAGUUCAAAACAGACCCCUGUUUCAAAAGUGCGUGACCUUGAGAGAUUUAUUUGGAAAAAUAUUGGAUUUUUUAAAGAAAUAAUAUGAUUUAAUUGCAAAAACUGUGUUAUAUAUUAAAAAUAAGAUAAAUAUGAAGUUUAUCUUGAUAAUAUAAUACCUAAAAACUAAUUUUAUGUGGUUAUAAUGUGGAAAUAAAGACAACUAUAGAUCGCGCAAGUGUUUUUGUUGAAUGUUGUAACUAAAGGUCUAAUAAAGUAAAAUGAAAUUAAUUUAUUUGCUAUAAUAUGGUGUUAUAAUAUUCAAUACAUAUCUAGCUUUGACUGUACAAAAGUAUUUUAUUAACUUCAAAGCAAAUAUUCCUAUAUUUUCAUCAAAUUCUGAAACAAGUCGCGCGCUUCUUUUUUCGUUCAAAUCCGCCGCAGUUCUAGCGUCUCGGUAGUACGGGCGCUUAGCAUCUGAGAGGUUAAAGACCUUAAAUUACAUUGAUACAUUUUUAAAGGGACUAGCUUUCUAGUAACAAAUAAUAACCAAAGGGAUUUUAUGUUACUUACUUCAAAAACAAUGUAGCACCAGCCACUCCUUUUAAAGUCAAUGAUUCCCCAUUGACCAAAAGCAUUGAACCUUCUCUCAAACCAAGAACUGGAGAGCAAUGAUCCAUUUCCAUGUAUUCAUAAAUCCUCUGAUCUCUUGUUUCUCCCUUAUGUUUUUCACUUUCAACUUUAUCUAUGUAAUGCGGGUUUAUGUUAAAAGGAACUAUUCCUAUUGCGUCAAAUGAUGGUGGAUAAAUUAUAGGCAUGUCAUUAGUUGUGUGUAUGCUUUUUGUUGCUACGUUUGUACCAGCACUGCUGCCCAUGUAAGCCAAGUUACCUUCAUUAACUCUAUUUCUAAUGAGUUCCACUAAAUUAUGUUCAUACAGU